AUGAGCCGGAAGGAGGCGGCGGCGGAGGAUGCAGGAGGAGGGGAGGGGUCGUCGCGCUCGGAGGGCGGCGGGGAGCUGGCGGAGACGCUGGCGCGGCGGCGGCUGUACCGGGAGGUGACGCUGGCGCUGCGGGCGGGGCUGCGGGACGCCAGGGCGGAGUUCUCCUUCCUCCGCGCGCGGGGGCUCCGCAGCCUCCUGGGCUUCCUCCGCGCCACCGCCUCCGCGCCCGGCGACUCGCAGCUGCUCCUCUUCCGCCACUCCCAGUCCAUACCCGAUCUCCAAGUUAUUACUGUUCUCUUUCAGAAUUCAUUGCAUCAGGCAAAGGAAGAUCCUGUUGUGUCAUUGGAUCAUAUAUUUGGAGUCGAGCCAAUCAAGAUUACCAGCCCCCCAACUGAUUCUGAAAUUGCUCUAGCUCUUAGAGUUUUGGAAGGCUGUUGCCUUUUGUAUAGCCGAUGCACUGCUCUGGCUCACAAGUACAAGGCUGUGAAGGUACUCUUGAAUAUAUUAGCCAGCAGAGGUCCAACUGAGCAAGGGGUUUGUUUGGAUGCUCUGAUAUCAUUGAUGUUGGAUUCACCUUCAAAUCAAAUUGAGUUUGAGGAAUGCAGUGGACUUGAAAAGGUUGCUGAGCUUUUGAAGGACAACCAAGUGGAAGAGCACAUAAGGUUGAAAUGUGGUGAGUUUCUACUGCUACUCAUCGGACAUGUUUAUGCCAAGGAAAACACUCCCAUACACGAUCAGAUGCGGAAUCUACUUGGGGAGCAGUGUGCGUCGCUCAUAUGGGCAGCAAGCCGGUUCGGAUCCACCCUGGACCCGGAGCAGAGGCAGAUGGCCUUGCAAAUACAAGCGAGGAGAGUUGUUGAAUCCUUGGAGCCCUACUAGGACAAUCGCAGGAAUGUGUUCCAUGUCUCUGGUCUCAGUUGCAUGC